GGGAAAGGAGGUGCUGCAGCCGGAAUGGCGGGUGGAUGCUAGCGCCAGAUCCGGGUUUUGCGGCACCCCUGCUCCGAGAGCCAGAUUGUGCGUGUGUGCGGAUUGUGCGGUGUGUGCGUGAGCGGGGUGUGCGGGGCGUGCGCCCUCGCCGGCUGGCUUGUGCAAAAGAAGAUGCUUGACUUGCUCUCGAUUUUGAGGGCAUAGCUUUAGGGACUUGGGGUCAAAAACUCUCCGGACUCAGGUUUGACUGUAGGUACCGAAGCGGGGAUCGACGGCGCAUAAAGAUGCUGAAGGGUGUUUGGUUGCUCAGUUUGUUAACAGUGGCUGGGAUCUCACAGACAGAGAGUCGCAAACCUGCCAAAGACAUUUGCAGCAAGAGCCGCUGCCCUUGUGAGGAGAAGGAGAACGUGCUGAACAUUAAUUGUGAAAACAAAGGAUUUACAACUGUCAGCCUCCUCCUGCCACCACCAUCCAAAAUAUACCAGCUGUUUCUCAACGGGAACGCGCUGACCCGCCUGUUCCCUAAUGAGUUCGUCAACUACUCCAACGCCGUGACCCUCCACCUGGGCAACAACGACAUGCAGGAGAUCCGUACAGGAGCCUUCAGUGGCCUCCGCACACUCAAGAGGCUUCAUCUUAAUAACAACAAGCUGGAAGUGCUGAAGGAGGACACAUUCCUGGGCUUGGAGAGCCUAGAGUACCUGCAGGCUGAUUACAAUUACAUCAGUGCCAUUGAGGCAGGGGCAUUCAGCAAGCUAAAUAAGCUUAAGGUGCUAAUUCUCAAUGACAACCUCCUGCUGUCCCUGCCCAGCAAUGUCUUCCGCUUUGUGCUCCUCACUCACCUAGACCUACGGGGGAACCGGCUGAAGAUGAUGCCUUUUGCUGGUGUUCUGGAGCAUAUUGGAGGCAUCAUGGAAAUCCAGCUGGAGGAAAACCCUUGGAACUGCACCUGCGACUUGCUGCCACUGAAGGCCUGGCUAGACACUAUCACUGUGUUUGUGGGUGAAAUAGUCUGUGAAACCCCCUUCAGGCUGCACGGGAAAGAUGUGACCCAGCUCACCAGGCAAGAUCUCUGCCCUAGGAGAAGCUCCAGCGAUUCAAACCAGAAAGAAAAACACCCUGGCCUCUCAGACCCACAUAUCUCAAGGCUAUCACCCACAGCCAACUCUGCCAUCAAUCCUACCAGAGCCCCAAAAGCUAGCCGGCCACCCAAAACUAGGAACCGCCCCACCCCCCGUGUCGCUGUGUCAAAAGACAGGCAAAUAUUUGGACCUAUCAUGGUAUACCAGACAAAGUCUCCUGUGCCCAUCACGUGCCCAGCUGGUUGCAUCUGUACUUCACAGAACUCAGACAAUGGCUUAAACGUGAACUGCCAAGAGAAAAAGAUAAGUAACAUCUCUGAUCUCUAUCCUAGGCCAACCAGUCCAAAGAAACUUUACCUUACCAGUAACUAUCUGCAAGUCAUUUAUAGAAGCGAUCUCGUAGAGUACAGCUCCCUGGAUUUGUUACAUCUAGGAAAUAACAGAAUUGCAGUGAUACAGGAAGGUGCCUUUACAAACCUCACGAGUUUACGUAGACUUUAUCUUAAUGGCAACUACCUUGAGAUUCUGUACCCAUCUAUGUUCACGGGGCUGCACAGCCUGCAGUAUCUCUACCUAGAGUACAAUGUCAUUAAGGAGAUUCUGCCACGCACCUUUGAUGCUCUGAGUAAUCUUCAUCUGUUAUUUCUCAAUAACAACUUGCUCAGAUCCUUGCCUGACAACGUCUUUGGUGGCACUUCUCUCACCAGACUCAAUCUCAGAAACAACCAUUUCUCACACCUGCCUGUGAGAGGAGUCUUGGACCAACUCUCAGCUCUUAUUCAGAUAGACCUCCAAGAGAACCCUUGGGACUGCACAUGUGACAUCCUGGGGCUGAGGAACUGGAUAGAGCAAGUUACUGACCAGAAAAAACAGCAGUCAAAUCCCCCUGUAGUUAUCAAUGAAGUCAUAUGUGAGUCUCCCACCAAACACUCUGGAGAGCAUCUGAAAUUCCUAAGCAAAGAAGCCAUCUGCCCAGAGAACCCCAACUUGUCAGAUUCUUCUCUCCUCUCCAUGAACCAGAACACAGAUACACCCCACAUUCUUGGUGUCACUCCCAGCUCCUACCCAGAAAUGCACACUGAAGUUCCACUGUCUGUCUUAAUUUUGGGCUUGCUGGUUGUGUUUAUUCUGUCGGUCUGUUUUGGGGCAGGCCUGUUUGUCUUUGUCCUUAAGCGCCGGAAGGGGGUGCAAAGCAUGCCCAGCAGCGCAAACAACUUAGAUAUAAGUUCAUUUCAGCUCCAGUAUGGGUCUUACAACACUGAGACCCACGAUAAAACCGAAGGACAUGUUUAUAACUACAUUCCCCCUCCCGUUGGACAGAUGUGCCAAAACCCAAUCUACAUGCAAAAAGAAGGGGAUCCAGUUGCCUAUUACAGGAAUCUCCAUGAAUUUAGCUAUAGCAAUCUUGACCACAAAAAGGAAGACCCCACCAGUCUUGCAUUUACAAUCAGUGCAGCUGAAUUACUGGAAAAGCAAUCCUCACCACAGGAACCAGAGCUUCUGUAUCAAAAUAUUGCAGAAAGGGUCAAGGAGCUGCCCGCCGGAGGAUUAGUUCAUUAUAACUUUUGCACCUUACCCAAAAGGCAGUUUGCCCCUUCGUAUGAAUCAAGACGCCAAAACCAGGACAGGAUAAAUAAAACUGUUUUAUAUGGAACUCCCAGAAAAUAUUUUGCAGAACAGUCUAAACCUGAGCAUCCUUUACUCCAAGGAAAGCUACAAACAGAACCAGACUACCUCGAAGUUCUGGAAAAACAAACUGCUAUCAGUCAGCUGUGAGAAGGGAGGUGGGAGAUAAAGGAAAAUUUUUAAAUGAGCUCAGCAUCACAUUUGAUUGAGUCAGAAUUCAGUGCUGAUGUCACCUAUUGCAUUCCCUUUGUUUCCACUUUUUAAAUGGAGAGGAAGUGAGAGAGAAAUGGAACCCUUACAGCAUAGCAGGGAUGUGAUGUUGCUUUUGCAACGUUCCCUUUAAGUUAUUUCUGCAUCUCUCUCGACCCUUCUGUAGGAACUGUCACUGCAAAUGUAUGUUUCUGUAAUAGAUCUUGCAUAAUUAUUUUUGAUUUGUAAGGAAAUGAAGAAGGAGGUCUUUGGUUUUCCUGUUGUUUUAUUUCUUUUCAUUUCCAAGUGGAAACUUAAUGUAUUAUGUAGAAGAUCUCCAAAGAUCUUUUCUCCUGGACUAUGACUUUCUUUUGUAAAUAAUAAUAUACAGUACUGCUGUUCCAAUUACCAAGUAUAGCCACUGGGCGUCACUUUUUUGUGUUAAAGUGCCUUUGCACUUUAAGUACAUUAUUACUUAAUUGUUGCUCUUAGCUUUGAUAAAUUGAACCUAUUUUAAUGUGUUGUAUUUUUGAAAUUAAAAAAAAAGAUUGUAAAAUAGAUCUAUAUGUCAGAUGCAUUAAAUCAGAAGGUUUGAUUUAUAGGAAAGCUGCCCUUCUUUAAGUGAAUCUAGUUCUAGAACAUUAUAGACUCAAAUGUAAAUUAUUUGGGUAUUUUUUUCCCUCUAGGUUUGUUUGGAGUGAUUCACUCAAAUCAGCUAAGAGGAUUUAGCAAUGGACUAGAGGUUAUCAAAUGCCUCAGCUGGGAGUAACAGCUCAUUAAUAAAAGACAUUUAACACAA